AUCGCAUGGCCUAAUACUGACUUUAGGGGAUUAUAAAAUUAAUAAAAAGCUAUUUAGAGCAUCAAAUUUUUGUUCCACGCUCUACAGUGAUUUGUAUAAAAAUGUCUACCUGUGAUAGAAGCGAAGAUAUGAACAAGAAAUGUGGUUCCGUGCUGGGGAAUUGUUUAUCAAAAUGUACGCGACCCGCGCAACGAUAUGUCUCAAAAAUUCCCACAAUUCAAGCCGCGGAUAUCAUGCGAGAUCCAAGAUUAAACAAGGGAACAGGUUUUCCACUUGAAGAACGACAAAUUCUGGGCAUACAUGGCUUGCUACCGCCGACACUAGGAAAUCAAGAAUUGCAGGCGCAGCGUAUCAUGCGGCAACUAUCAAGCAAGGACUCUGAUCUUCAUAAGUACCUGGACCUCAUGGCUCUGAUCCAGAGGAACGAGCGGUUGUUCUAUCGCGUUCUCAUGGACAACCUGGUUGAUUUAAUGCCCAUCGUCUACACACCCACCGUAGGAAAAGCCUGUCAAAAAUAUGGAGAGAUAUUUACAAGCCCAAAGGGUUUGUUUAUUUCAAUCAAAGACAAGGGACAUGUUGAUCAGCUUGUCAGCAAUUGGCCUGAGCCGAACGUCAAGUUAGUGGUGAUGACUGAUGGUGAACGUAUUCUGGGUCUCGGGGAUCUUGGUUGUCAAGGGAUGGGUAUUCCGGUCGGCAAGUUGGCUCUAUGUACGGCAUGUGCUGGUAUUGAUCCAGCCCGCUGUCUGCCAAUACAAAUUGAUGUUGGAACAAAUAACCAUGAAUUGCUAGACGAUCCUUUUUAUGUUGGUAUUCGCGAAAAACGAGUGAGAGGAGAAGAAUAUUAUGAGUUGAUUGAUGAAACUAUUCAAGCAUUGAGAGAUAGGUUUGGGAAGAACACUCUCAUUCAGUUCGAGGAUUUUGGAAACCACAACGCGUUUUAUUUCUUGGAGAAAUAUCGUUCAAAAAUCUGCACAUUUAACGACGAUAUACAAGGCACGGCUGCUGUGGCUGUGGCAGGAAUCAUCGCAAGUUUGAGGUUAUCUAAGAAGAAACGUUUAGCGGACAACACGUUUGUCUUUCUGGGUGCAGGCGAGGCAGCAAUCGGUAUUUCUGACCUGCUGGUCCUCGCUAUGAAGAAUGAAGGUCUGGAGGAAAACGAUGCAAGACGAAAAAUAUCAUUAAUUGAUUCAAAAGGAUUGGUCGUCAAGGAUAGGAGUGUUGGAGGAUUAACGGAGACUAAACUGAAAUAUGCGCGGGAAACUGGUUACAUUGACAACUUGUUGGACGUUGUAAAAUCCUUAAAGCCAUCGGUGUUAAUAGGUGUGGCCGCCGUACCUGGAUCAUUUAACGAGGAUGUCUGUCGAACUAUGGCGAUAAACAACGAACGCCCUGUCAUCUUGGCUUUGAGUAACCCCACAUCGAAAUCAGAGUGUACUGCCGAACAGGCGUACACGUGGACCGAGGGAAGGUGUGUGUUUGCAAGUGGAAGUCCGUUCUCUCCUGUGACCUUACACGAUGGCCGUCAGUUUACGCCGGGACAGGGCAAUAACUGUUACAUAUUUCCAGGCGUGGCACUUGGUACCAUAGUUUGCGGGGCUCAAAGGGUAUCUGAAGGGAUUUUCUUGGAAGCAGCAAAGAGCCUCGCUAGCCAGGUAACGGACGAACAACUGUCGAAAGGCUGUAUCUAUCCUCCCUUGAGUGACAUCCGUGAGGUGAGCGUUCAGAUAGCGGCAAAAGUUGCCGAGUAUGCUUACGAAACAGGACUGGCGACAGUCGUUCCUGAACCUAAGGAUAAGAUAGCAGUGAUCUCCGAAGGAUUAUACAAUCCAGAUUAUAUAUCGUUUGUACCAAGAACUUUUGCUUGGCAAUGAUGCGUAUAACUAGUUAAUCGUGUUCAAAUGUCAAUCUUAUUAUGAAUACUUCUUGUGCGAUGUAAGAAUGACGAAACUCUCGUACACCUGAUAUGCUUAGGGCCAGGGAGAACGUUUAAGAACGCUUCAGUUAUACGUCCAAUAAUAAUAUGACUUGAAAUAACUCAGAAGUGUAAAACAACAAAUUGAUUGUGGAAUAA